AUGUACCGAGAUUACGGCCUGGCGCAAACUCCGUUUAUUGAUAAGUUAGAGACUCUUAAUCAAGCAACAAUUCCAGAAAUACCUGUGUACAAACCUACGGUUGCAGAAUUUGAAGACUUCAGCAAAUGUAUUUCCAUGAUAGAGUCCCUCGGUGCUCAUCAUGUAGGGCUUUGCAAAGUAAUACCACCUUCAAAUUGGGUUGGGCGUCGCAAAGGUUAUGAUAAUAUUGAUGAAUGUUUGGUAGAAAAACCUAUAUGUCAAAGCACAUAUGGUGGACGUGGUAUAUAUUUUCAGGAUAUUUCACCCAGAAAAAGUCUCAAAUUCAGUGACUUUAAAAAUAUUGCUUUAUCAAGUAUAUAUUGCACCCCUAAGUACAGGGAUUACGAUCACCUUGAAAGAAAAUACUGGUCGUCGAUAGGCACAAGUCGUCCACUGUAUGGGGCUAAUGUCAGUGGAACUUUGAUGGAUAUUGAUCAGCAUAUUUGGAACAUUGCAAAACUCGACUCAGUACUAAGUCGGGUUUUCGAAGAAGAGGGUGUACAAAUACCAGGUGUGAAUACUCCAUAUUUGUAUUAUGGAAUGUGGCGAUCUACGUUUCCGUGGCAUGUUGAAGAUGUAGACUUAUACUCUAUAAACUACCUGCAUUACGGUCUUCCAAAGUGCUGGUACGUCAUACCUCCAGCUUUUGCGCGUAAAUUUGAAUCCUUUGUUUCCGAAUAUUUUAGGUCGGAAUUCUUGAAAUGUCAUUGUUUCUUAAGGCAUAAAUGCGUUUUAAUUAGUCCUACAGUUCUUUCCCAAUCUGGAAUCCCAACUAAGAAAAUUUUACAACACGAAGGUGAAUUUAUGAUAACUUUUCCUUAUGCUUAUCAUUCCGGCUUCAAUAUGGGUUUAAACAUUGCUGAAUCAACAAAUUUUGCACUUACUAGGUGGAUAGAGUACGGAAAACAUGCGAAAAUAUGUACCUGUUGGGAUGACACAGUUAAAAUAUGUAUGGAUCCUUUUGUGCGAAGAUUUCAGCCCGAGUUAUUUAAUGAUUGGAAAAAUGGAAAAAACCUACCACCACAUCCUCUCGAUGAAUAUCUGCCAAAGGAAACAAGUCAUCAUGUUGAGAGCACACUCACAUAUCCAGACAGUGCCAAGGAUAUAUUGGGUAUCGAGAACAAUGAGGUUAUGGCCAAAGACCCUUCUCUUUUUAAACCUUACUCUUCUGAUUCACCGCCUCCCAAAGUUGGCGAUCUGAACUCUAUUGAUCUGCGGUAUUCCUCAAAACAGUUCGAAACGGCCAAAAUUCCUUUUCAUAUCGCUACUAACCCUCGCUUGUACCCUCUGUGGUGUGGAAAUCCAGCUAAUGAACAGAUUGAACGAAAUUUCAACAUUUUCAUUGGAAGUCAUAAACCAUAUUGUGCUGUUUGCUCAUUUUUGUGGACUCCUCAGCAUGUUUCUAAGCUUUUAUCUAGUGGACAUCGAGAAGACAAAUUACCUUUAUACUCAGAACCACACAUUCCCGAAGUUGCAUAUCGCAGCUAUAAUUCUUCUGUACAGUUUCCUCCGACAGUUAAAAGUCGUAUACUCAGGUGUUUUCGUUGUUGCUUAACUGUACAUGCUAGAUGUUAUGGUGUUCAAGAUGAACUUGGAUUUAAAUAUGAGUCUUCAUUAGAACAAAAACAUAAUCUGAACUUUAAAAGAUCCUGGUAUUGCGAUGCUUGUAUGGCGAGUUCAAAACCCACGUGUGUAUUCUGUUAUAUGCGCGGAGGAGCUAUUAAAGCACUAGCCAACAUAAAUAAUGCAUUUACUGGACGACCUUACUGGGCACAUUUAGUUUGUGCACUAAUUACUCCAGGUUGCUAUUUUGAAGAUGUGCCUAAACGAUUGGCAUUUAUUUCUGAAGACACGAUCAAAUCAGCUAUGUCUUCAGCCAUAUUAUAUUCCAGCGAAAGUAAUAAACGUGUGAUUAAUGAAAUGCAAAAUAUCAGUUCGCCAAGUUGCUUCUCUGAGACUGUUCCCUUCAAAUCUUCAAGUUAUUUACAGAAGAAUUUGAAAUUAGUGCGUAAGAGACCACCUAAUAUUGAUAACAAAAUUUUACGAGAAUAUUAUGAAUCACCUGAUCAGAGAAGUAAAAUACGUCGAUUAAACAAAUCGAAUAAUCGUUUUUCACGAAAGCUACUCAACACCACUUCCACAGUUUCAAUUGAUUUUAAUUUUAAAAAAAUAAGACCAUUCAUUCAGAAUAAUAACAAUGGGAUUUCUAGUGUUCAUCAUUCUGACAAUACUAACAUACCAGUUGAAACUGGAGACAAAAUUGCAUCAUCUCUUCCUUCAAUAUGUUUUGUGUGUCAAUUACCUGGGAGAGGAUUUCUUCCAUUGGCUUCUUGCUGGCAUAAUGGUUGUUCUACACAGUUUCAUGUUACUUGUGCUCAAAUGGCUGGUAUUGUUAUUGGAACUGAUGUAUAUCCUCGUUUCUUUUAUAUCGCAUGCAGUAAACAUCCUACUAACUACGAUCACCCAAAUUUUCACGAUCACGGUUCCGUUUCCCCAGGAGAUGAAGUAAUGGUACAAGAAACCAAUGAUCCUAUAUUUUCAUCCGCUAUUGCUAUCCGACGAGUAACUCCUCUAUACUGCCGUAUUUCGUUUCCCGAUGGAACCUUCUCAUCAGAUACACCACCAGAGUAUUUGACAAAUGUUAAUUGGUUCAAAGAUGGACCUCCAGAAAAAGGAUCACUUAUUAAAGUUUUAUGGGAUGAUGGGAUGGAAUAUGCGGGAACGUAUGAAGGUACUACUUCUGAACAGUGGGAAGUUCAACUGGAAUCUGGAGAGAUUAGAGUAUUUAAUCGUGAACAGUUUUAUGUACAACCAAAAACUAAAUAUUCAGAUAAUUUGGCUUUUGAUGGUUCGUCUACUGAUUAUCCAUGGGCAAUAACAGAUCUUGAAGAUUCAGUCGCUCCCUCGAAUUCAUAA